UCGAAUGCCCGUCACACCGAACAUGUUGGCCCUUUCAGCCGUGGAGGCGUUAUUAUGUGACAUUCAAUCCCACUAUUCGUUGGUAAAAUAGUAGUCUAAAAGUUGGCGGUGGGUGAUGUUGACUAGCUACCUUUCCUCUAGUCUAUCACUGCUAAAUUAUCUGAUAGCGCAGAUAGCUCUCACGUAGCCUUGCGCGGAAUUUCAAACAAACGAAAACUGUUUAAAAUCUCUUUGUUUUUUAACUGUAGUUAGGCGAGAAGAAAACGUGGGAUCUCAAUUUGUUAAACCUAUCUCAGAUAGUGAAAUAAUUUGGUUAUAAGAUAGUAAUUAAAUAUAUUGUUUCUAAUUUCUGGUAUAAAUAAUAUUUAUAUAACAAGCUGAUUAUUCAUUUGUGUUAGACAACUACUGGUUGAACAAAGUGUGAUUACUGUUGUAGACACGUAACUCUGCGUUAGGCUUAACAAAUAUAGAGUUAGAAUCAUACCGUGUAUGUUUCCAAUUGGCUUACUCAAAUAGUUGAGCUUGGAAUAACAUAUUUAAAACAUUGUAAACUUUGCAAGUCAUUUAUUAUCAUUUUUAUGCUUCUUUUUCAAAUAUGAAGUAGGUAUUUAAACAUUAAAAGUUGUGUAUAAAAACAGUAAAAGUAAAAAAUGCAAAUCUGUAUACUUGACUGUACCACUACCAGUGUACGGUGUACUUGUCACUAUCAGUAUCAUAAGUGGAUAUAUCGUUUACAUUAAAUAAAAUAAUAUGAUUAAAUUUGCAACGUGGCAACUGCAACAAGUUUCUGCAACCCGGUGAACUUUAAAGAAAAUAAAACUGUUAACAUAUGAAGGUAGUAUAGUGCUCUUGCACUAGUUUUAUGUAUGGUGUACACUCCAGACAAAUGUAAGGAAAAAGCUUAUACUUAUAAAGUCAGAACAUUUUAACUAUAAAAUAAUAUACAGCUUCUGUACAUCAGGGAUAUCAUCAUCCAAACAGUCUUGGUGUAUGUGGAUGUAAAAAUAAUAAAAAAAUGACUAAUGAUCUUAAAGUUGCCGUUGUGUGCUCGAGUAAUCAAAACAGAAGUAUGGAAGCUCAUGCUUUUUUGAGUAAAAAAGGUUUUAGAGUUCGAUCAUUUGGCUCUGGAAACCAAGUGAAGCUGCCAGGGCCAUCUCCAGACAAACCCAACAUUUACGAUUUCACUGUUUCGUAUGAACAGAUGUAUCAAGACUUGUUGUCCAAAGAUAAGAGCCUAUACACUCAGAAUGGAAUUCUUCACAUGCUAGAUAGGAACCGAAGAAUCAAGUCCCAUCCAGAGAGAUUUCAGUCUUGCCAGGAAAAGUUUGAUGUUAUAUUUACAGCUGAAGAAAGAGUUUAUGACCAAGUAGUUGAAGAAUUAUCAAAUAGAUCACCUGUGGACAACAGUCCAGUACAUAUUAUCAACAUUGAAAUCCAAGAUAACCACGAAGAAGCCACAAUUGGAGCAUUUCUUAUAUGUGAGAUGGCACAAAUGAUGGCAGAGUCCGAAGACCUGGACAAUGAUAUUGAUGAGCUGCUACAGGAGUUUGAAGCAAAAGCUCAGAAACCAAUUCUUCAUACGAUUCAAUUUUAUUGAUUCAUAUAAAUAUUAGUACUUGAAAUGGGGUUUAUUCAUAGAAAAUAUGACCUGUUGAACAAAGAAAUGUUACUAAUAAUUCUCCCGUGGCAAUUGUUAAAUUGGAUGAAUUUGCUAGUUUCUUCUGCUUGGGAAAAGUGAUAUUCUAUAUACAUAGUUGGACUGCUAGCUGACAAUUACCGGAAAAUUAACCACUAGGUUUCUAUAAAAUUCCACUUGAUAGUGAAGAAGAAAAAAAAAAAAGUGUUAUUAUAGACUUAGUUGAAAUGUGCUUGUAAGGGAUUUCCCAUGAAUUUGCAGAGUUGCAUAACAAAUAACUCUCACAUUUCUUUAAAGUACCACACAGUUGCAAAAGAAUUGAGAACAUAAUGUAAAAAUGAACUAGACCUAGAAUUAUAUGUUGGACGCAUGUAUUGCAUAUAGAGAUUUUUCCCAAAUGCUUGUACUCUCCGUUUAUUUUAUACUUUUGUAUCAAUGAAACACGAUAGAUAAUUUUGAAGAACUUCUAAAGGAAAUGUACUCUGAAAGCAAGUUUCUUUUCAAAUGCUUUCGACAACACAUUGAUUUAUAUGAAAGAAAACUCUAAAAUACGAUUGUUUAUUUUUCACAAUUUUAUUCAUCAAUAAAGAUUACUGACCAAUGAA